UGGUUAUAGUUUGAGAGGGAGUCCAGUCCAGACUAAUAGUCAAAACCCCUUUUUACUUCGGUCUCUCUUUCUAGGUUUAGUAUAAAAGCUGGUAACAAACAAAGCCGAACCUCCCACCAUCUUCUCCUUCCUCUUCCUCUUCUUCUUCAACCUUUCCCGCUUUACACAUAAGCGCCAACUCUUUUUCUUCUUCUACACAAUGAAGUACGUUCUAGUUACCGGCGGCGUCGUCAGUGGGCUCGGAAAAGGCGUUACCGCCAGCAGUAUUGGCCUUGUCCUCAAAGCCUGUGGUUUACGAGUCACCUCCAUCAAAAUCGAUCCGUACUUGAAUAUGGAUGCUGGUACCAUGUCUCCUUUUGAACACGGGGAAGUUUUUGUUCUUGAUGAUGGCGGUGAGGUUGAUUUAGACUUGGGAAACUAUGAACGAUUCCUCGAUUUAAUGUUGACGAGAGAGAACAAUAUUACCACAGGCAAAAUUUAUCAGUCUGUUCUUGAGAAGGAACGAAGGGGUGAUUACCUUGGGAAGACCGUUCAGGUGGUUCCACACAUCACAGAUGCCAUUAAAAAUCAUAUUGAGUCAGUCGCUACCAUUCCUGUGGAUGGCCAAGAGGGCCCUGCAGAUGUUUGCGUGAUAGAAUUAGGAGGGACUGUAGGUGACAUAGAAUCAAUGCCGUUCAUUGAAGCUUUGCGACAACUUUCCUUCUCAGUUGGUCCAGAUAACUUCUGCCUUAUCCAUGUGAGUUUAGUGCCAGUAUUGGGAGUCGUUGGAGAGCAAAAAACAAAGCCUACACAACACAGUGUUCGAGAACUUAGAGCUUUAGGCUUAACUCCACAUCUGCUGGCGUGUCGAUCUGCUCAGCCUAUACUGGACAAUACAAAGGAGAAGCUUUCACAGUUUUGUCAUGUUCCAGCUGGUAACAUUCUCAAUGUCCAUGAUGUUCCAAACAUCUGGCACGUUCCACUCUUGCUCAGGAACCAGAAUGCUCAUCUUUCAAUUCUUAAACAACUCAACUUGCUCAGAAUUGCUGCAGCUCCUGAUUUGCGUGACUGGACAAAUUUGGCUGCAACUCAUGAUAAUCUCACAAAUUCAGUGAAAAUUGCGAUGGUGGGAAAGUACGUUGGUUUGACAGAUUCAUACCUUUCUGUUGUGAAGGCCCUUCUUCAUGCAUGCAUUGCAUGCUCUUUGAAGCCAUCAAUUGAUUGGAUUGCUGCUUCUGAUCUUGAGGACGAAAGUUCCAAAUUGACACCGGAAGCACAUGCUGCUGCAUGGGAGACUCUGAGGAAAGCAUCGUGUGUCUUGGUUCCUGGAGGAUUUGGAGAUCGGGGAGUGAAAGGCAUGAUAUUGGCUGCAAAGUAUGCCAGAGAAAACAAAGUUCCAUAUUUUGGGAUAUGCUUGGGCAUGCAGAUAUCUGUAAUUGAGUUUGCUAGAAGUGUUUUGGGUUGGGAAAAGGCAAACAGUACAGAGUUUGAUGAUGCGACACCAAACCCUGUUGUUAUUUUCAUGCCUGAGGGUUCGAAGACCCAUAUGGGAAGCACUAUGAGAUUAGGAUCUCGAAAAACCCUAUUCCAGACUGCUGAUUGUAUUACUUCAAGGAUGUAUCAUAAAUCAGCAUAUGUGGAUGAACGGCAUCGGCAUAGAUAUGAGGUAAACCCUGAGUCCAUUGGGGCUUUUGAAGAAGCUGGCCUUAAAUUUGUUGGAAAGGAUGAGACAGGAAAUAGAAUGGAGAUUUUAGAGCUUCCAAGCCAUCCCUUCUAUGUCGGUGUACAAUUUCAUCCAGAAUUUAAAUCACGGCCUAGGAGGCCGUCGCCCGUCUUUCUAGGUUUUAUACUGGCGGCAACUGGGCAGUUAAACUUGUAUCUUGAAAAGCAACAAAACGGAAGUUGAUGCAUAACUAAUCAAUAGUAGUAGUUACUCCUACAACAUUCUUUCAAAGAAAAGGAGCUUGAUUCUUUUUGCUGGGUCAAAUUGUGUACUAGAGGUAUUUGUGCGGUUAGACUGUACGUUUUUUUUAAAAUUUAAGGCAGUCGUAUGAAAGACCAUAUCAAGUAAUUGUGGUGGGAUACAGAAGAUUGUGUUCUUUGCAAUUAUCGCGUUUUGACAUCCUCUGAGUUGGCACGGAGCUUAAUUUACCGGUGAAGUUUUGAUUUUUUUUCACUCCCUCUCCCUAUACAAUUUAGCUCUCUUAGCAUACAAGAAUCUUGGUUUCAGUUGUAUUAUGGAUUGAGACAAAGAAAAAAGUGGAAAACUGAAAAAAAAGGUUUGUAUUUUAUAAUACUAUUUAUCUAGUAGAACUCUCCUUGAAUUUUGCCCUUUUUGUAUCGUAA